CCAGGAUUGCUGAGACACUGCCCGGCACAGGAGAAAAUUUGUAGUCGAGCUUUCCAACAAAUCCCUCAGCAACGUUGACAUAAUUUGGAUGUAGUGCCAUGUUGUUCGAAGGCCCGCCGAACUAGGACACGCGAAAAUGUAGUUAAAGGAACAAGUUCAAGUUGCAAUUACAAAGCAAACUAGAAUAGCGAACUAGUGCGUGGACCACAGUACAGUCUUCUUUUAAUCCUCCGACGUUAGAACAUCAGACCAGAUACAGUAGAAACAAGGAACAUCGCCUCAGAGAAUCAAUUGUUGAAGCCAAAAACAAAGAAAAAUGUCAUCCCUGGCCACCUCCUUCGGGAUCCAAUUGUACUGCGGGUACAAGUGGUUCGUUAACUACCUCUGGGACGGCAACUCCAGCUCUCCGGUGGAUCAAUCGGCCCCUGCUAUCAAAGCGCGGAAGAAACAGGAGUAUAAACUGGAUCAAGACUUGUACGACAGUGAGGAGGAUACGGAUUUCGAUUCGGACGACGUCUACGACAAUCUCGGGGAAAGAGCGGAUCGUGGCCGCGACGGUUUUUUCUUCGACCAAAGCGGAUCCUCGUCCUCUUCGGGGAGCGAAGUGGAGGUUGAGAAUCAUGCUGGUGCAAUUACCUCCUCUGACGGGCACGGGCUGUAUCCCUCGGGGCGCGCGCGGGAUGAAAUUGUGUGAACGUCGGGUGUAGUAAUGCACGAGUGGUUUUCCAUCUCCCGCGCCAGGACCAGGAGGUUGCAGUGGAUCAUAGCGAAUCAAGUCCUGGCCCGUCUUUGACCUGGUUCUUUUUUUUGUUGAUGAGAAUAUAGCCGAGUGAUUUGAUGUUAUAACAGUGUAAUCGGAAUAAAAUCCGAAUCGGAUCUGGCCACGAGCAGGAAUUCAGUCCCAUUGAGCUUCAUAUUUUGAAUCAGAACGUUCUAGUCAUGAUGAUAGAUAAAUCCAGCAAGAGAUCAUGCCCAGUAUUUCUGAGCAGGUAGGCCCAAACUAGAUAAAGCUCGAUUUGGACGAACCGUCAAAUAAUUUAACUUUAAGACAGGACGACCAAGCUGG